AUGCUCGUCGCAGAACUCGUACAAGGCCUCGUCCACGAGGCAACUCACCGACCGACCGAGUUCCUCGCCAAAUUUCUGGGCGUCGCGGUGUUGGUGUACUUCAUCGCAAACGAAGUCGUCAGAUCGAAAGCUCGUCUUCCCGCUUGGCAUGGCCCAAAGGGACUCCCCGUCAUAGGCAACCUGCACCAGCUUGGCGGUAAUGCCUCGCAGGUGUACAAGGACUGGGCCAAGGAGUUUGGUGCCGUUUAUCAGGUCCAGCUGGGCAACCUGCCUGUUUUGGUUGUGAACACCGCUGCUGCGGCCAAGGUCAUGUUUGGAAACAACUCGCAAGCGACUGCCUCACGACCAGAGCUCUACACUUUCCACAAGAUCGUUGCCAACACUGCUGGCACCACUAUUGGCACAUCCCCCUACAAUGAGUCUCUUAAGAGAAGGAGAAAGGGCGCAGCAUCCGCCCUGAACCGCCCAUCCAUUGAGACUUACAUCCCCCACCUGGAUCUCGAGACAAGAGACUUCCUCAAAGACGCUCUCAACUACGGCAAGGCAGGCAAAGUCACCGUCGACCCCCUGCCCCUGGUCCAGAGACUCAGCUUGUCACUGGCAGUGACACUGAACUGGGGCAUGCGAUUCCCAAGCCACGACGACGGACUCUUCAAGGAAAUCACGACAGUUGAGGGCGAGAUCAGCCGCACCAGGAGCGUCACGGACAAUAUGCAGGAUUACAUCCCCCUACUCCGCUACAACCCCUUCUCAGCAGGGAAGCGCCACGCCGUCGAGAUGAGAAUCCGCCGCGACAAGUACCUAUCCAAGCUCAACGGCGACCUGGAGGAGAAGAUUCGCAACGGAACGCAUGAGCCGUGUAUCCAGGCCAACGUUAUGCUCGACGAGGAGGCUAAGCUCAACAACGUCGAGUUGACAUCGAUCAGUCUCACCAUGCUUUCUGCCGGCUUCGAGACGUUUACUGCGGUAUCGACGUGGGGCAUUGGGUUCUUGGCAACGCACCCCGAGAUUCAGCAAAAGGCUUUUGAGGCGAUUAGAAAGACGUACGACGAGGGAAACCCGUUGUGUGAUGCGCAUGAUGACCAGACUAUUCCCUACCUCCGCGCUUUGGUACGCGAAUGCUUGAGAUUCUUCACCGUCCUCCGCCUCUCACUGCCUCGUGCUACGAACAAGGAGUUCAUGUACGAGGAUGGCGACCUCUGGCACGAUCCCGAGGUCUUCCGCCCCGAGCGCUGGCUGGAGAACCCCGAAGCACCCAUGUUCACCUACGGCAUGGGCUACCGCAUGUGUGCCGGAACCAUGCUGGCCAACCGCGAACUGUACAUCACCUUCCUCCGCAUGUUGGCCAGCUUCGAGCUGUCGUCAACGGACAAGAUCGACACUGAUCCCAUCACCGGCGCUGCUGAUCUGACCAACCUGAUUAUCACCCCAGGCUCCUACAAGGUCACCUUCACCCCUCGCAACGAGUCCGCCCUGAGAGCCGCUCUGGAGACUGCGGUCGAGCACUGA